AUCAGCUCAGCUUCAAUCCUCAGAAGUCACCAUCCGCAGGAGGAGCUCACACACACCUACCUACACACACCUGUCUGCAAACCCACUGCAACACAACACCAAGCAACAUGAGCGCAAGGGAACCUCCACCCUACCUCAACCAAGAUACUCAGGGGACAGGAGUGAAGGUUUACCACGUCCACACCCCGUUCACCCCUCCUGACCAAGAGCAGGUCGGCUCUUCCUCUGUGGCCAGACCAGUGUACACCAGUGGAGGGGGAGGCACCGGCGGAGGGGGGACCGGCAACGAGCAAGACAAGAAGAAGUUUGUGAGCUACGAUGUAGGUCUGGGUCGUAGCCCUGGCAUGACGACCUGCACGUCCUGCCAGCAGCAGGUCAUGACCAACGUCCAUUACAAAGCAGGGACGUACGCCUGGCUCAUGUGCAUACUCUUCAUCUGCUGUGGAUUGUUCCUGUGCUGCUGCUUGAUUCCGUUCUUCCUCGACAGCUUCAAGGACGCGUACCACACCUGCCCCCGCUGCGAAAGAGUCCUGCACGUAGAGAAGAAGGAGUGCUGUAAAUGAUGAACAGCUGGGAGAGACUAACCCGUAGAAAUAAUCAGCGCCAUCUUGUCACCUUUGUCUGCCUCUGGAUUCCCCUGAGACCCGGAGAAGCAAACCGAGCGGUGUUUUUUUUGUUUGUUUGUUUUGUUUUUCUCUCAUAUUGGGACAUUGACUUGCUUACCGGUAUUUCUAUGGACAAACCGCCGAUUUUUAAUCGAAGCAAAAAUGAAAAAAAAAAAAAAAAAAAAAUCAGACAUUAAACAAACUUCUGCAAUGCUUCAAAAAUAUUAGCAAAUAUACAGAAAAUGAUUGUAUUGUCAGAUAUUUAAACAGUUGAUAAAAACCUCCGGUAGGUUUACCAUCCCCUACAUACUUUUUUUUUUUUUUACAGAUUUGUUGUAUUUUUCAAUAAUCUUUUAUUUUGUUGUUUUUUGAAAUUAUGCUGGUAAAAUGAAGAAUUGUUUACAGAUCUCAUGUUUCAAAAUGCUGUUUGAAAUCUAAACCAAUCAUCUCGCCACUCAGAGGGACUUUUAAACAAUUAAAAUAAUGAAACAAAUCAACACACUAAAGAAGAAUUACAGGGUAGAGGCGAGAAUAGCUGCUGGAGGAGAGUGAUUACACAAUAACUUUGUGUUGGCAUGUUUUGUUGAAGGAUUCUGCCUAUGAGACUCUGCUAUGAAUUAACCUGUAUAUGAAGGUGUUAGUCAGGAAAAGUACACUUUUUUAAAUCACUGUGAAGAGCAGUUCACACACCACAUCAUCGUUUUGAUUUAUACCUCCAAACAGAAUAGCCAAAUCAAAUUAUGUAUUUAAGUAUAUCUAUAUGUGUAACCUUCUGUCUCUAAAUAAAAAAAAACUAGCUGCUUAACGAUACACUAAUAUGCUAAAUCUCAGAUUCAUUUCUGGGUGAAACUGAUGAUGCUUGGAUCUCCGUUAUUCACUAUAUCUGCUGGAAAAUGUUGCACUCCAAUAAAAAGUAGAAUAUA